UAUAACAGCUACGCUACUGUAUUGUUUACAGUUGCUCCACUUCACAUGUAUAAACCGCGUCAAUAAGUAGUCUAAUUUAUUUAACAUAGUACGUGAGAACUUAGCAAUGGAUGUUUCAACUCUAGAUGGCAAGCUACAAGAACUGAUUAAAGCUGCGGAUAAAGUAAAAGAAAAUGCAUAUUGUCCAUACAGUAAUUUCAGAGUUGGGGCCGCCGUGUUGUGCGCUGAUGGGUCUAUAUAUGCAGGUUGUAAUGUAGAGAAUGCAUCUUAUGGUGUCAGUGUUUGCGCGGAACGUAAUGCAGUAAUGAAAGCUGUAACAGAGGGAAAUAAAUCAUUUAAAGCAUUGGCAGUAUGUUGUGAUGUGAAGGGAGAAUUUACAGGACCAUGUGGUAUAUGUAGACAAGUGUUGUCAGAGUUCAACAUGGACCUGGAGAUAUAUCUAACUAAACCGGACAUGACGUACCAGAAAGUAAUUUUCCGGGACCUGUAUCCAUUAUCGUUUACUCGACACAGUUUAGAAGAGGAGAAAAUCUAGAAAAUAUAUGUCUCAUACUUGAGAAUAAAGUGGUGCAUCUAUAUCCAUUGUGCAGCUAUAGGAAGAUUUGAAGAAAAUAAAACUUUUACAAGUACAAAUAUUCGUCAAGUCAUGUCAUACAUACAUCUCUCAGGAAACUUAUUCUUUUGGUAACCAUGGAGAUAAGCCAUAUGUACUUACAUAUCCGUACAGUUAACCAGGCUUUAUACUGUAGAUAUUUAAACAUUGAAAUUCCUUGAACUUUGAAUGGACUGUUCCAAAUUCAAAGCAGGAUGAAUCUAUUAUACAAAUUGAGCGGGUAGAGUUAGAUCUGUUCAUUUAUCAGCUGUCCGUACAUGAGUCUGUCUACAGUGUUCUUAUAUUAUAUCCACUAAAGAAAUACAUUCAACCUGGGACAAAAAAGAAAUCCAAGAUUCCGGAUACCAGUAUGAUGUACAAAUCUAAAUAAAUAACAACUCGUCAUAUCAUAAUGAGUGGCUACAUGUAUUGUAUAGUUCCAGUCGACACUUGAGGUGUGGAGCUGAAAACGCCCUUAAAAUAAAAAAUGUAUAUUUGUAAAUCCCAGCACAUGUACUUAUCAUAAUUAUAUAUCAUUUAAACUUAAUAUGAGCCGUUCUGAAAAAAGUCAUGUUGAAGUUCUGAAAAAAAAUCAUAUUUCAACGUCUAGAAUUAUUCUAGACGUCAAAACAGCUUCUAUUAAGUUAAAAUGAUAUAUAUUAUAAGUAAAUGUUGGCAUUGACAAAUAUACAUUUUAUUUGGAUUUUAAAGGCGUUUUCAGUUCCACACCACAAGCGUCUGUGUUACAGGCAUUAUCAUUAUAUUAUAAAGUACAAAUGUCACUCGUUCGUUUUCUCGUGUAUGUUUUACAGCACUAUUACUGAAUAUUUAAAGGCAUUAAAUGUAUAUGAGACAUAUCUGAAGUACAAAUAAAAUGGACUUGAUAAAAGUUA